AUGCAGCCAUGGCCACUGACAACGCUCAAAAUGGGUGGCUAUCGACAAGGCCGGGCACCCUGGAUUCACUCUUCAUUGUACCCUGUUGAGGAACCCCUACUCCACGAUGCGGAUACCUCAACCAAGUCAUCGUCGCUGGUGGAUAUGGCUGGUGGUCGUGCUUACUGGGAGGCCACAGCCGGCGACAUUUUGAUGAUGGUCCAGCUUUCAGCUCUGGAACGUCCCGAAGGCCAUUGGCACCAACAGAUUAAUACUAGUGGGUUGAACUUGAGGAUAGACAAGUUUUGGAAGUGCGGUCAGGCGUUGAGAAUCUCAUUGAGUAUCUACUGUGACCAGAAAGAUCACUACAUGUAUACGAAAAAGAACAAGCACAACGCAGCCGACAUCUAA